AUGAAUAAUUAUCUACGAAACCCUCGCUUCUACCAUCAGUCAGAGCAGGACUCUGAGUCUGCUCUCGUUAGUAGAAAUACCAACGAAACAGGAAAACGUUUGGGUGGAAUGGACGAGCACCCCAUAAUAUUAGACUUCGAAAAAGAAAAAAAGCUCUCAACGGAUAUGUCAAUACUUCAUAAGUCAUUACUCCCAACAAAGGAGUCUCACGAAAAACGCAAAGAACUCGCCGAUAAUGUUAAAAAAGUAUUAAACGAUGAAUUCCCAAAUAAAGAAAUAGAAGUACAUAUGUUUGGUUCCUCCAUGAAUGAACUCGGAACAACACAAUCUGAUGUAGAUUUAUGCGUCACAACACAAUGGAAUGGACUAAAAAACAUACAUGUUUUAUCUGAUUGUUUAAAGAAACACAUGAAAGUAGAACAGAUCGUAUCCAAAGCUAAAGUACCUAUUGUAAGGUUAUUUGAUCAAAAUCUAGAUUUGGCCUGUGAUAUAAAUGUCAACAAUACUUUGGCUUUACAUAACACACGCUUAAUACGGAAAUAUGUAAGCAUUGAUCCAAGAGUACAACCAUUGGCAAUGAUCGUAAAACAUUGGGCACGAAAAAGAGUUUUAAACGAUGCAGCGAAAGGUGGUACCAUAUCUACAUACACUUGGACAUGCAUAAUUUUGAAUUUCCUCCAAAUGCGAGAUCCACCGAUAUUACCAAUUCUUCAUCAGAUACCACAUAAAGAUAUUGAUCCAAUAAUGGUAAACGGCGAAGAUGCAUCAUUUUAUGAAGAUGUGGAUACUUUAUCGCAAUUUGGGUCAAAAAACAAAGAAACCAUAGGUGGUCUAUUGUUUGCGUUUUUCAGACGUAUGGCAUUUGAAUUUAAUUAUGAUGAACAUGUUAUAUCUCUACGACAAGGCAAAUACCUUACAAAAGCAGAAAAAGGUUGGGAUACAUGUAAAGGCUGGAAAAUGUUAUGUGUCGAAGAACCCUUUAACACGGCAAGAAAUUUAGGAAACAGUGCUGAUGACGUUAGCGUCAAUGGGUUAAUAGCAGAAUUUAAAAGGGCUUAUGAAAUUCUUUAUGAAUCUGCCUGCUUAGAAAAAUUAUGUGAACAGUACCAAUUUCCUUUAAAUCAUUACAUUAAUAACAACUAUUAUCCACCUUCUCGUUACAGACAACUAUCAAAACGUAACAAUAAAAACAAUCCUAUGUGGAAGCCAAAUCGAAGAAAUUAUUAUCCGAGAUAUCAUCAGCAGAACGGGCAGAAUAAUUGCUUGAGUAAUACUACAGACAAUCUUCAUGAUAUGAAUGGGAAAAGUAAUGAUCUUCAAGAUGGUGAGGAAGAUGGAUCUAGUAUGCGUAGAUUCGAUAGCGUUUCGCAUACCAGUCAUUAUAACGGUAGUGAAGAGUCUACUCCAGUAUCAGUUUACUAUCAUUAUGAGAAUAACGAUAGCUUAACACGAAAACAAUUUGAUAAUCUUCAAUAUCAAAGUAAACGUUAUAAUAAUCAUCAUAAUGUAUCGAAAGAUGAUGAACAACUGCGCUCUCAAUCAAAGCAAAAAAAUAGUUUCUAUUCAAAGAAAAGGAACGAUGAUCAGUCCCAUAAUUACGGACAAUCUCAGGAUUCUGAACAUGAAGGGUUUGUAAGAUAUGUUGAUUCAAUUCCGAAUCAAAAUCAACCCAAAAAUAGUUCACAUAAUAAGAAAGGUUCAGCGGCACGUUUUCAACCUUCUUAUUCUGACCAAAAGAUUUUUUAUUUACAAAAUACGAUUACAUUAUAUGACUCGGAUAAUAAUAUUAAAUAUAAUAAUAAUAAUAGUUAUUCACGUCAUCCUAAUAUUCAUAGCGAUUCGGAUCAAAAAUCUUUUGUUCAUGAUUCUGAGAAGAGGCCUUAUUACAAAUCACAUUCGAAUAAAAAUGUGCACAACUCAAAACAAGUAGAGGAACCAAUAAUUGAUGAUUUAUCUUCAAAUUCAAAUUUUGACCGUUCUAAUCCUAUCUCAAGCCCAAAAUCGAAUAAUAAAUCGAAUAAUAAGAAUCGCUUUAAUAAACAUACGCAGCCACAACGACAGUAUCAGAAGCCUACUGGAAAUGUCGAUUUCAAUAAUAAUAAUUAUUCAUGCAAUAAUGAUAAAGUUGAUGAUAGCUUUUCAUCUAAUUCAAUACCACCAUCUAAUAGUGGUAGCACUAAUUUGACCGCUUCGUAUUCAAUGUAUCAUCAGUUAUACAAUAGACAAUCGGGCGAUGGAUCAACUCAAUACCAAAGGCGAAUGUCACAUCAAUCAUCGUCUGAUGGUUCAAAUAGUCAAACAAGUGGUAAUACUAGUAAUACUAGUAAUACUAGUUAUAGUAGUAACUGUACAAAGAAUAAUUAUCAGAAAACUAGUAGUAAUCAGAACAAUUAUCAACAAAAUCAUCAGAAUAAGUUGAAUAAUAAUAAUAACAAUAAUAGUAAAAGGAGGAAGCACUUAAACAACAAUAAUACGAACGGUUAUAAUAAUUCUGUAAAUGGAAAUUUCCGAACGAACAACACCACGAACAACUCUUCUAUGACAAUGGCUUUAAGUUACAACGAUUCUAACCUCCAAGAUGUGCCAUUCAUACCGUCUUAUAUUAAUCAAGGACAAGGAGGACAACAUGGCAACGAUUAUAAUUUAAACUGUGAUAUAAAUGGAUAUAAAGGCAGUAAUGGCAGCUUCAAAAGCAAUAACAACAAUAGUAAUAGCUCUAAUAGCUGGAAGAGUUCAAACGGACAUUAUUAUAAUAAGACAACAAACGGUAACAGUAAUACGAAUAGUGGGAUGAAAUUAGCAAAUGGUGGCAAUAAUCCUCCGAAUCGAAGUGUGAAUAGUAAUAACUCAAAUAACAAUUUUUUGCGCUCGAAUUGCCCAAAUUUCAAUAAUAAUUAUAAUAAUAAUUAUAUGAAAAAUCAAAACAAUAACAAUGCUAUUCCACAUAAGCCAAUAACUGGAAGUAACUAUAAGCCUUUUGAUGGUAGUAAUAAUAAUCCUAAUUCACAAAUAAAGAAUUUUAACAAGAAUGGUGGUGGGAAUAACAAAAAACGGACUAAUAAGAAUCGUACUGGCGUCAAGGCUGAAAAUAAGGAAGAUGGUGUUAGUUAUCAACUGCAAUACUCGCAGGAAGGAUCAGUUCAAGAACGACAAAACAAAAAAGUGGGUCAAAACGGACAGAGCAAUAAUAGUGGUAAAGGAAAAGGUCAUAAAAAACACCCUUCAUGCCCCAAACAAAACGUUGCAUUUCAACAACAAUAA